AUGCCUCAGGUACAAGAAACAAAUAUCAACAGAGAGUCAUAUAUUUAUGAAUCUUCUCUGGAAAGCAUUUCUUUGCACUCUGUUGAAUCCGAGCCAGUAGAAGGAGACAGCCUUUCUCGCACUUCAUCUACAGAGACGGGAGACAAUGCCAUGAUCUCUCACACUUCAUCUACAGAGACGGGAGACAAUGCCAUGAUCUCUCACUCUUCCGAGUCCGGAGAUAAUGGCAGGCUUUCUCCUCAGGCAGAACAAAGAAACCGAGAGUCGCAUAUUUAUGAAUCUUCUCUGGAAAGGAUUUCUCUGCACUCUAUUGAUUCCGAGCCAGAGGAGAAUAACAGGCUCUCUCCUGCAAGUGAAGAUUUAAGCCCAAUUCUUCUUUAUGGCGAAUUCUUUCGGGAAGAGGUCGACAGUCCUUCUCACUCUGUAGAUACCGAGCCACGACCAGAAACGCCCAGGCGUUUUAUUGAUAUGAGAAUAUGCAACAAGGACCAUUAUUAUGAAGCAACUCUGGAAAGGAUUUCUUUGAAUCCAUCAAGGUUGAAGCGGCAGGUGAAUUCACCUUCGGAUAGUUCUACCAGUAACGCGGCUGAGAGUCAUGCUAAUAAAAUUUCCCGCCCGGAACAACCUUGCGAUUCGUUUCCUAGUACGUCGCAACAACAAACUCAGCAACAAAGUCAGCAAUUUCAACCAUCUUCGGCAGUUUCUAUGAACGGUACUCAGAACUAUAAGAAUCUAACAGUUAACGGGAUGAACGCUGUGCUCAUUAAGUCAUCAAAUUCACCCUUAGCGGUAACUGCGGCAUCUUCUGCCAGUCCUGGUUGUGUUACACCUGUAGGAACUGCUGACGGUGGACAACUGUCCAGUUCUGUUCAAAAUACUGCUGAAACAUCGACUGCAGCUUCUGUGCCAAGUUCGGAGCUCAAAUCUGAAACGGAUCCUGAAUUUCCAACGAGUAAUGUAAAUGGACCCCUUCCACUGUCGGAACUAAACAGUGAACUGACUAGUGCCAACAAUAAUGUAAAUACGAACACUACCCCUUCAGCAGCUACUACUGACGACAGGUUUUCCGAUUCCUUGGCUAAUCUUGGAUUUCCUGAGGUUCCCAAUGGCAGUGAUAUCCAUUCUACUUUCUUAAACGAUUUUAUGGAUGAUGUUUUUACCAAUCAAUCCGACUUAAUGAACGGUUUUAAUUUUGUUGACAAUUUGAAUCUUAAAGAUACCCUUGAUGGUGACCAAGAUUCAUCGAGGUCUAUAAUGAGCUUAAAUAAGUCGAUGUUAGAAAACCCUUCAAAUCAUUUCCAAAACCCUACUAAUAGCCCUAAUUUAUUUAAUAUGAACGUGUCUCAGCAGACUGUCUUUGACUUUCCAACAACGGCUGGAAUCAAUUCAAGUACAAACUCUCCAAAAAUGCCAACUUCCAAUAACGUCCAGGAGAACUUUAUUUCCAGCCUUGUUGGAACGUACACUGCCAGUUCUCCAAAUAUGUCGGUAAUUCCUAACAAUGGUCUAGGUCUUGAUUUUAAAUUGACGGAACCUAGUCCUGCUGCUCAAACUCUUAAACAAAUGGCAGAACAGCAUCAAAGUAUGCAGAGCAAACAGCAGCAGCUUGGUUUAGGUGUCAGUCCAAGGUCUCCAUUUGGAUCGGACAGUUUUCCUGAUCCUUUGUCAAAUAUAAGAACAAAUUUCUUAAAUAACUCACCGAAUUCAAUGCCAACACUUCAAAAAAGUCCUCCUGGCAUGUACCAGUCAAUGAGUUUUCAACAACAAUCUUUUACUGCAUCCAACAAUUCUGCUGUGAAACAAGAAGUAGUUGCUCCAAAUACCCCUAUGUAUACUUCAAACUUAAACCAACAUUUAUCAGAUUUGGAAUUGCACAAGAGGAGACAGCAAGCUUUACAAAUACAACAUUCUCAAAUGGGAAACCUAACUCGGCCUCCAUUUUCUCAUAGUCCGGAUCAGAAACGCCAAUUUCCCGCAAUGCGACAACUGCCAACGUAUAAUGAUCCAUCUCCAGGUCAUCCGUCACAUGAUGGUAAUGCCAAUAACAGUUCUGCACCGCACCAUACAAGUCAAUUUUUGAGAAAUGUUUCAACUCCUGAAAUCACACCAUCAUCUCAAAUAUUCUCAUCUAGCUCGGUGUCAUCAGCCGGAGCAAUGCAUCAUCUUCAACACAAUGCUAAUCAACAGCAGCAAAUGCAGAUGGUUCAGCAACAAAUGAUGUUAUCUUCUGAUUUAAAGCCGGUAAUCAGCUCUCAACAACAACAACUACAGUUGCAACAGCAGCAACACCUGCCAUCAAGGAGUUUCUAUCCUGGACAAACAUCUGCUCAUGUAUCUCAGUCCCAGUCCAUUGGUUAUCAGUUUCCAAGUUCUGCCAGAAGUGCGAGUCCUACCACUAAUCAGCGAUCAUCUACUAUUGCUCAAACCAGUUCCAAUCAAAGGCAGCAGCUUUAUAUGACAAGACCACCUCCUGAUUAUCAAGCAACUGUAGAACCUAGCAAUGCUGGUAUGCCACCUUUACAAUCGGGAGUUUUAUCACAAGGUGCUCAAAUGCAUAUGAAUGUUACUGAUAGCAUUGGUGCAUGUAAUGACCAAAACAGCAGAAAUAUCGAACUGCGCAAUAUUAGUGUAUCUAAGUCAUAUUCGGGAAUGAUGCCGUCUUCACAAGCAGCUUCUAUAUCUGCUUGUCAACCUUACUCUGGCGUUAUACCUUCCUCAAGUACUUUUCCUAGCGGUGUACCAAUAUCAAAUGCAAGUAUGCUCUCCAAACCUUAUUCUGGAAUACUACCAUCUUCAGAAGGUACUUCGGGAUCUAAAUCGUAUCCGAGUAUUAUAACACUAGAUGAUGCCAUACAAUCGCCUAAUAGUAAACCGUUUUCUGAUGGCUUGUCUGUUACUGCAUCCAGACCAUUUGCGGGCUUGACUCAAAGUUCAAAUUCUUUACCUAUGCAAAAAUCUUUAAAAGAUACAAUUUCAAUGUCAAAUGCAUCAAUUCUUACUUCCAUGAAAUCAUAUCCUUCAAAUGUAUCUUCUAUGAACUCUCUCCCUGUAUCCUCCACUAAUAUAGCUACAGCCAAAACGUAUCAGCGACGUAUGGGCAAUUCAAAUUUGCCAGCAUCUCAGCCAUAUGCUGUUCCUUCUGGAGUCUUACAAGGACAAUCGCAAAUGAUACCAGUAUCUACUGCUGCUCCAACUUUUAAAGGAAGAUCUGUGGGCAAACAAGUUGCUGCUCGAAGAGGCAGACAAUCUGGUCCUCUUUAUAGACAACAAAAACCACCUAAUGUGAAUGUAGGACCCGAGGGUCUUAAUAUAUCUCAGCGGCCACCAGUCAUGAGAACUGAUUGGAGGCAUGCAUAUGUACAACAAAAUCAACAAAUUCCAAAUGUGAAUGCACAGUUGCGAAUGACUUACCCCAGACAACCUGCUCAAAAUUUUGGACAAAAUCCUGGGAAUUAUCAACCGCUUCAGAUUAAUACAAAUUUACCAAUGAAUGGUAAUAACUCACUAUUAUCUUUUCAUCCUAACUCUGGAGCUACACUAUCAAGAGCAAGUGGUAUUCAGGAAAUCAGUUCUGCAACAAAUAUGCCAUUACAAACGCAAUCUCAAGUAGUCAUGGGUUCUGACAAUAGCAUGCUUUGUUCAUCUCAGCUUCAUAUGUCAACUUCAAUUGCAUCCCCUGGCGAAACUUUGGGCCAUUCCCAUCAACAACAAGCUUUUUCUCCCCCAUCAUCAAACACUUCUUCACAACAUAUGCCAGAUAAUCACAUGAAUUUUGAUUUCUUGGAUCAUUUGGACUGCAACACAUCAGAUUUCUUAAAUUUUGAUGUAAUGCAGGAUGAAAAUGCAAGCUAUUCUUUGUUGGAAGAUAUUGACAUGUUAGAUAAAUAGAUGUGUCUGUAUGUGAGAAAAUAGUGUAUAUAUAUAU